UGAGUGAGCCUUGAUGGGGUCAAGUCGCUGCAUUGUCGAGUUGACUACUCAUCUCGCUCGUGAUACUCGUGACUCGUGACGAUCACGACUGCUGCAUGGAGUCCUGAGCCAAGCACCUCCUCCAACGCCCUCGUCUCCCUCCACCACCUCUUCACCCAACGCGCACUUCCCGACCUUCUUCAGCCUCUUACCCGCCCGCCGCCAGCAGCUUGGCGGCCGUCCAUCAUGUGCGGCAUUCUAGCCUGCAUUCAUCAUCCCGAUGCCGCCUCCUACAGGCCUCGCAUGCUCAACUUGAGCCGCUGCAUCAGACACAGAGGUCCAGAUUGGAGCGGCUGCGUGGUGACCAACGAAGCGAGCAAGGAUGAACCAAAGCUGGGAAGCAUCCUUUGCCACGAGCGUCUGGCCAUCGUCGGUGUCGACACCGGCGCACAACCUCUGGUCUCGGAAGAUGGCAAGAUCAUCUUGGCAGUCAACGGAGAGAUCUACAACCACCGGCAGCUGCGCAAAGGGCUGAAAGAUCAAUCCGCGGUGUUCAAGACGCACUCCGACUGCGAGGUCAUCAUCCAUCUGUACCGCGAGCAUGGCGUGGACUUUGUCAAGAUGCUGGAUGGAAUGUUCAGCUUUGUUCUGCUGGACACCAGCGUGACCCCUUCCCGAGUCAUUGCUGCUCGAGACCCCAUCGGCAUCACCACUUUUUACGUCGCUUCCAGCUACAAGAGCCCAGGCGCAGUCUACUUCUCCAGCGAGCUCAAAGCCAUCCACGAAGAGUGCGAAAUCAUCGACAGUUUCCCACCUGGUCACGUGUACGACUCGCAGCUGGGCGAGGGCAAAGAGAUCACGCGAUACUACUCUCCAAACUGGAUCGAUGGAGAUGUGGAUACCUCAAAGCUGCCCACUGGUGAUGCAGAUCUUACGCUGAUUCGGGAAAAGCUGGAAAUGGCAGUGAAGAAGAGACUCAUGUCCGAAGUGCCGUACGGAGUGCUGCUCUCGGGUGGACUGGAUAGCAGUCUGAUCGCUGCGGUCGCUGCGCGCGAGACGAACAAGGUGGCGGAUGCGCAAAGGCAGCGCUACGAGGCCAUACAGGCCAAGCGCGCCGAGAGGCGAGCAGCAGCUCUAGCGGCCGAAAGGUCUGGCGCUUCAGCCAACAGCACCGGAACCUCCACACCUGACUUGGGUACCGGAGGUGCGCCGGACGGUCUGGCUGUGGGCUUUGACGAAGACGCAGGGGAGGAGAACUUGGCGAGCUGGCCUCGACUUCACAGCUUCAGCAUUGGCCUACCAGGCUCCCCCGAUCUGGCGGCUGCUCGUGCUGCGGCUGCUUACCUGGGCACCGUGCACCACGAGUACACAUUCUCGGUUCAGGAAGGUCUGGACGCCAUUUCCGAUGUCAUCUUCCAUCUGGAGACCUACGAUGUGACCACUGUUCGAGCUUCCACUCCGAUGUACUUGCUCUCGCGCAAGAUCAAAGCUAUGGGCGUCAAGAUGGUUCUCUCUGGCGAAGGUUCGGACGAAAUCUUUGGCGGAUACUUGUAUUUCCACGCUGCUCCCGAUAGCAAGUCGUUUGCCGAAGAGUGCGUGAGGAGGGUCAAGAACCUCCACACUGCGGAUUGCCUGAGAGCCAACAAGAGCACAAUGGCGUGGGGAUUGGAAGCUCGUGUUCCAUUCCUGGACAGAGCGUUCUUGGAUGUGUGCAUGAAUGUCGAUGCGAAGCACAAGGAGUUCAACAAGGGAACGCUGCAGACCAAGGACAAGGACGGCAGGCCUCAUAUGGAAAAGUACUUGCUUAGAAAGGCGUUCGAUUUGACUCCAGAGGGCGAUGAAAAGCCUUACUUGCCCACUGAGAUCCUGUGGAGGCAAAAGGAACAGUUCAGUGAUGGAGUAGGCUACAGUUGGAUUGACGGCAUGAAGUCGCACGCAGAGAGCGCCAUCUCGGACGCCAAGUUCAACCAGAGAGCAAAAAGGUACCCGCUCGACACCCCGGACACCAAGGAAGCUUACUGGAUCAGGGAGCAGUUCGAACAUUGGUUCCCCAGCCCUGCUGCCGCUUCCACAGCUGUUAGAUGGGUACCCAGAGGCGAUUGGGGCUGCGCGAGCGAUCCUUCUGGAAGAGCCGUCACCAUUCACGAUUCGGCUUAUGGGAACAAGCAGGAAUGAGGCCAUACGACGGGCAAGCGGCGGAGGGGGGUGUGUUUUGAGCAGAAGGAAGAAGUAAUUGCGGGGCAUGUCUGCGAGGCUCUUUUUGAGACAUUGCCGUUCGAUUUGCAGCCCAGCUCUCGCGGCGAAAAGAGUAGAGAAUGUACGUUUUGCAAAAUGCAACCUUGCAUGACUCACUAAUAUGACAGGAUUACCGCACG